AUUGGAUUGGGAAGAUACGAAAAUACGAAUAAGCCAAGAUGGUUACCGCCGCAGAGGAGGAACAUUACCCCGACUACGCGGUUUUCAUGGGAUGCACUGGUGCUGCCUUCGCGAUUAUAUUCACCACUUUGGGAGCUUCGUACGGAACGGCAGUAUCCGGGAUUGGGAUUGCCAAUAUGGCUGUGAACCGACCGGAUAUGAUCAUGAAGUCCAUAAUUCCGGUGGUGAUGGCCGGCAUCAUUGCGAUCUACGGCUUGGUGGUUUCGGUGCUGAUUUCCGGAUCGAUUGGCGACGAGUACACUGCGGAAAUGGGUUAUGUCCACCUGGGCGCCGGCUUAAGCGUUGGAUUGCCUGGACUCACCGCCGGAAUAGCCAUCGGAAUCGCAGGAGACGCCGGAGUACGGGGAACCGCCGAACAGCCACGACUUUUCGUCGGCAUGAUCCUGAUCCUGAUCUUCGCCGAGGUACUGGCUCUCUACGGUCUCAUCGUGGCUAUAUACUUGUACACUAAACUUUAA